UGAACUCCAGCAAUGAUCGCCGUCUCUCUUUCCCCCUCCCUCCCCAUAUUCCUUCCUUUUUACCAUAAUUCAGAAUGAUUAGAGAGAGAGAGAGAGAGAGAGAGAGAGAGAGAGAGAGAGAGGUCUGUAUCUGGCAAUAGAAAGCCAUAACCAUGAGUCCCUUCACAAAAAGAAAGAAGGAGAAAUCUAGGUAGACUUUGGCAAACCAGAGAAAGAGAGAGCUAAAGAGAGAGAGAGAGCGAGAGUUGUGGUCUUCCUCCACAAUACAAUUGAGCCAGAGAAAAAAGGAGGUAGUGUUUCUAAUUUGGUUUUGUUCAUCAGAUCGUCGUUGAGAGGGGGAGAGAGAGAGAGAUGUUCGAGGGACAAGAGGAGUACUACGAGGGAUCCGAUCCUUCGUCCUCCGAUGGGUACCAGUUUCUGAGGGCACUUAGCGGGCCUUUGAUGGGUAACGGUACCGGCAUCUUCGUCAGAGGAGGAGGAGGAGGAGGAGAUCACCAUUCUUCUUUAUCUCCUUCUUGUGCUGCAGCUGCUGCUUGCUUUGUAGCUGGAGGUAUGGCAAUGAAUCAUCACCACCAAACUCGUGAGUCUAGUCCAAUCGGCCAUUUGGGUCUCCAUAAAGUUGGAAACGGCGGUGCUUCUGCUGCUGGUUGCACUACUACCAUUCCCAUGGCAGCUAAAGUUCUUUCUGUUGCCUCUAAUGUGCAGAAAUGGUCUUGGGGAGGGGAAGUGGGGGAUCAAGCGGCAGCAGGCGGUCCUAGACGGGUGACCGCCAUGGAUGCUGAUGAUAAAGAUCAUGACCAACGUUCUGGUCUAGCACCCAUGCCUCUGAAGAUGAAAAAGGUGAAGGCAAGGAGGAAGGUGAGGGAACCAAGGUUCUGCUUCAAGACCAUGAGUGACAUUGACAUCUUGGACGACGGGUACAAGUGGCGAAAGUAUGGGCAAAAGAUUGUGAAGAACACGCAGCACCCCAGGAGCUAUUAUCGUUGCACGCAGGAUAAUUGCCAUGUAAAGAAGCGCGUCGAGCGACUGGCAGAGGACCCUCGGAUGGUGAUUACAACCUAUGAGGGUCGACACUGUCAUUCGCCAUCACAUGACGAAGACAACUCCCCGACGUCAUCUCAAGUAAACUUCCUGUGGUAGAAGCUUAUUCGUUCGCUUCAAGAUGAUUCAGUUCCUCACAUGGAUUUGAACUGAUAUUAGUUCCUCAUGGCGUGGAAAUAAAUAAAGCAGCCAUUGCCGAUCUGUAUUGACAUACUUGUUUUAGAAUCUAAACUCCUUCCUGUUUUAUCCUUUUAUUGAGAAUGGAGAUCAUCAAGGGUACUUAAGGUCC